UUUCCAUCUUCAAGCUCAGCUCAAGCACUACCUGAAGCAUGAGUGGCAUGAUGCAAGGAGCGCGCUAUGAGCAUGAUGCCGAGAUGGUCGAGGAAGACAUGGGUCAAGCACAGAUCCAGGGCCCCUGCGGGAUCAAUGCGCUUGAGCAGUCGGGGAUCAAUACCUCGGAUAUCAACAAGCUGAAGGACGCCGGCUUCCACACGGUUGACGCGAUCGCGAUGGCCACCAAGAAGCAGCUCAUCGCGAUCAAGGGAAUCACCGAAGCCAAGGCUGACAAGAUGCUAAAGGCGUCUCGUGAGAUGGUCAACGUGGGCUUUACGACGGCCUCCGACGUGCUCCAAAGUCGUAAGGACCUCAUCACCCUCACGACGGGCUCGACAGCACUCGACGAAUUGCUCCGCGGAGGCUUCGAGACAGGCUCCAUUACCGAAAUGUUCGGCGAGUUUCGCACUGGGAAGACGCAGCUUUGCCAUCAACUGUGCGUUACUUGCCAACUUCCCGUCGACAAGGGCGGAGGUGAAGGCAAAGCCUUGUACAUUGACACUGAAGGGACGUUCCGGCCGCAGCGCCUUGUCGCGAUAGCCGAACGCUACGGCCUCGACGGCGACAGUGUCCUUGACAACGUCGCGUUUGCUCGUGCUUACAAUUCGGAGCACCAGAUGCAGCUACUUUCGCAAGCAUCCGCGAUGAUGGCAGAAUCUCGAUACGCGCUCGUGGUAGUUGACAGUGCCACUGCGCUCUUCCGCACCGACUAUUCGGGGCGCGGCGAGCUGGCUGCUCGUCAGCAAGAAUUGGCCAAGUUUCUUCGCGCCCUCACGCGCAUGGCAGACGAAUUUGGUGUCGCUGUUGUCAUCACCAACCAGAUGACAGCGAACCCGGACUCGGGGAUGUUUUCGAAAGAUCCGCUGCAGCCGAUUGGCGGCAACAUCAUGGCGCACGCCUCGUGCACGCGGUUGCGUCUCAAGAAGGCCCGUGGCGAAAACCGGGUCAUGAAGGUGAUCGACUCGCCCAUCCUUCCUGAAGCUGAAGCUAUGUACUCGAUCACGGAACAAGGGAUCCAGGACGAGCAAAACUAAGAACAAAUAUCUAAGACUCCGCCAUCUGUAUGAUCCGGGCUUAGCGCUUGACCAGCGCAGUGAUUAUCGGGUCGUAGUCGUGGAGUCUUCUUGGAU